UUAUGAUAAACAACUGGGAUCAAUACUCUGGAAACCAGUUGGUUUCUUUGUCCAUGGUCUGGUCAAAUGUGGAGUUUGACGGAGCAACGUACCCAGCAGAGCUGAUGGUCAGAGUAAAGAUGAUGGCGGAAGGGAUCACUGUGGACAAAUAACACUGGCAGUACAAUCAGCAUAGCACAGACACAACUAACAUCAUGUAGAAGUGGGGGGGUGUUGGGCCCUUGCCAGUUGGACAGACAGUGGCAGAGCAGUUUUUAACAAUCGCUUUCCCAGUCCUGGCAUAAAAAUUUAAGAAGUGGCAAAUUUCACUUUAAUCAGCUUUACCGUCAUUGUUGCUUCUUCAAAAUCUUGACAGAAACCACGUUUUUCUUGAGAAAAGAAUGAAAAAAAACGGGGCCAUGUGCCAAUUUCCUCGUUCUAGCACGGGCAAAACUUUAUUCCAUGGAUAAAAUUCUCACAUUAGAAUAUUAACAAUUCUCAUGAGAACAUUCAAAAGCUGAGACCUGCAGGGCAAUCUGGACUUUUACACUGGCUAAUAUGCUUUUUUUCAUGCGCGUGUAUAUACAUGGGUUUGCCAGCCACAGUCUUGUCUCAACUGUGCCUUACCCCACUAAAUACACCAUUUUCAAACCACACUUAACCUCACGCUAUGGCAAACUGGUUUUCAGAAUGCUGAGGGAUGGUUGCUCCAGAAACUCUGAUUCACCGUGCUGAAAAUUAUUGUUGCCAUUUGAAGAAAAACAAAACAUAUGUCUGGUGUUCUCUUUGUUGAAGAUAUCCACCAGCGCUGAUGGCCCGAGUGCAGGAAAUGGGUAAAGGGAUAUCGUUGGACGUACUAACUGCCCGGGAGAGCGAUUUCCAACCCAAUGUGGGUGUGAGCAAAGCCGAAGCUAAGCCCCAGGGAAGAGCCCAAGACAAACCUGUUCCCUCCUCUAAAUUGUGUCCACCGGUUAAGAGAAGCCUGGAAGAGGAGACUACGGGGAACGAGAAGGCCCAGAAGAUGCAAAGGGGGCAGAGUGCGAGAGAGCGAGCAAUCCGUGGAUUCGAUGACCGCCUCGGGCCGAAAAGCGGCCCCGGUGAGUCAAGUGGCUGGAACCAGUCGGGGACCAAAACAGGGUACGAGAGGAUCAUUGCCAACUUGGCCUACAACCUCAAGAAGCAGAACAACAACAGAAUAGGGGGGCCAGCGUUGCACAAGCUCCAAAAGGCCAGUCAGCAUUUGGCCCAGACGCUUGAUUUGGAGUUCAUUGAGGUCCCAACCAUCGUAAACAGUGCCGAGCAGUGGAAGGGCAUGAAGAAAUUCAAGAACCCAAGGUGGUCGUGCAACCUGUACCUGGGCGAGGCACUCCUGGCCAGCGUGGAGGCCAACAAUAAGCCCAACUCCAAGACGGCUGCGGCUGAGAAGGCUGUGCUUAUCUUGGAGGGUGCUGGCUUCACAGUGCAGCAGGUGAACAAGCGGAGCCAACUAGGGAGGAAGUUCUCGAAAGAGGUUCUGCCGCUCGACCAGAGACUGAACACCAGGACCUUUCGGGUGGACCAGCAGAACCGGUGUGGGGCACCACCGCCAACAUGGACGCUGGAGAACUUUGUCCUGACAGAGCAAGUGAAAGCGGCUUCUGCGACGAGCAUCUUGAUCAACUCUGCACAGAGCAACCACGUACCGAUACGGUUUGAAACCACAGAAGACAUCCAGACUGUCAACGGCAAGUCAGGAUUCGUCUGCACCACUCUCAUCAACGGGGUGCAGGUGUGCACCGGAAUACACAUGAACAAGCGGGAGGCACGGAACGUGGCGGCUGAGAAUGCGCUGGCCUUGCUGCGUAAGACCUGCCCCAUCCUCCGGAAGAACCUGGACAGUGCACAGGCCAACGCGAUCACGCGGGCCGAGCUCGAGGCUAGGCAGUCUCCCCAGCCCUCGCUGGCCCCAAGCGCCAUCGAGGACAGCAAUCUGGGCCACAAGAUGCUGAAGAUGAUGGGCUGGACGGGCGGCGCACUGGGCAAGAACGGCAUCGUGGAGCCCAUCCAGGACAGCCAGAAGUUCUCUCGCGAGGGUUUCGGGUACACAGUCAAGGCUCCCAAGAACAUCAAGAAUAUGCUUGACAUGGCGGCCGUUCGCAGGAUCCUGGAAGACUAUGUACAUUCUGGACGUCGGGACGAUCUCAUCUUCACUUCGGAGCUCUCCCAAGACGAGCGUAAAGCCAUCCACCUGGCCUGCCGCAAGUUUAAUCUAAAGAGCCAGUCACACGGUUCAGGGCAGGAGCGCUUCUUGGUGGUCAAACAGAAACGCAACUUGAGCGAGCUUGUUCAGGAUAUUGUAGACAGUGGCGGAACCUGUGGACAGUAUGAGCUUGUUACUCCCGGACAGAGUUAAAAUAUCAACCCUUACCCUGCCCAGCUCAGCAAAGACCACCAGGCAUAAAAAGUCUGGUGCUUCUUGUCACACCGGGCAAUCAACAGCUGCCAAAGAAACUGGCCACACUGAGACAAUGGGAGUUGAUCCGGCAUGUAUGGAACAAUGCCACUGUCGGACCCCGAGGUGGCUGGCAACCACAGAUUCCCAAACUGUGUGGCCUUAGGGAUAGCCGACCUGUUGGAUUUUGUUGCUCUGGGCAGGCAAGCCACUUUGACAAAUGACGCAAUCUGGCAGUCUCUGUACAGAAUUUUAAUUUGUAGACAUACAAAUAAAAUGAGUCAACAGCCAACACUGAAAGACAGGGGCCCAGGGAUUCAAGAUUAAAACUGUUCAGAAUGUUUUCGAGACACUGUGUAUUAACGUGAAAUUCUGCUAAUUUCUGCUCCUUGGCCUAUCUGUACAAAGUAAAAUUAAAACAUGUUUUUCACUAAAAGACAAAAUUUAUGUGAGCUCUCAAGGAAGAAUCCGAGUACAUAUAUCUAUGAUAUCAAAUCGAAAGUCUUGUCCUAUAUUAGGUGAGACACGACUUUAGUUCCCAAGGACGUUUGUAUUACAUGUACAUGGGCAGAUCUUUGGCUUUGAAUUUUGAUGUUUUUUGAUGUUUUGGCUUGGUAUGCCAGUGACCUUUGAAGCAUGGUAAGGCAGAACUUGCUGAGGAGUACCCGUCAACAGUCGUGGAAAAGAAACAAGACCCAAAAGACACUAGAUAAACCUUGCUUCUGUUCUGCCAUGAUCAGUUUUUGACCAGAUUACCAAGUUCACACAAUAAGCAUACAAACCAGAGUACAAAUACCAAUGGGAUUUUGCCGUUGCUUGGCCCAGGAGAGUGGAUGCGGGUAAUGUCCCUCAUCCUUGGGCUCAGGCCUUUCUAAGUAUCCAUCCAUCCUCCUGAUCUGGUCGUAAACCGGUGUUUAACGACUAGCCAAGCACAUACAUGUACAUUCAAACUUGUCAAUAUGAGCACUGUUUAUACAACAUACUUGUAACAAAGUCACUUUUAUGUCUCAAUCAUUUGUUUCAUUGUAUUCCUACCUGAUAAUACAAGGUUUCUGUUAUUACAAGGUACAGUACUUCCUACCAGAUAAUACAAGGUUUCUGUUAUUACAAGGUACAGUACAUGUACACAGUCAACCAAGUUGGAAAGAAUAUUAAUCAGGGACGUGAGAAUUCAGCUUUGUAGCUGAUUUCAGCUUUUUUGUUUCGAUGUUGACCCAGAAUUUUAUUUUUUUUUCAAUACGUGGUCUGUACAAAGGUAUGGAACCUUUCACAUUUCAGCUUUUUGCUAGCUGCUUUCAGCUUUAAUUUGAAGUGGCCACUCGCCCCCCAAUUAAUGAGAUUCAGCUGUUCAUUCCUUUAAGCCCAAGUCCUCUCAGUUCCUUAAUCUGAAUAUGAUUUUUUCCAUACACCAUGGGAGUUAUGGUUAAUUAUGUAAUAAUUUUAAUUGUAUGUACAUGUACUAUUUCGAUUUCAAUAUUGUCAGAAAACCACUGGAUUUGAUCACAAUGAA